GGAGUGUUUAUCUGCUGGAGACGCGAGCUCGGUGUUUGCAGUCAGAACGGCAGAUUGUUGUUUUUCUGGGGAUCAUAUACAUUCCAUAACGAGGAAAAGUGGCUGGAGUCGGUUGAAUCCCGUUAACACGCGAAUCAUCGUCCAAGAUGACUACCAACCUGAGUGUUGAUGCUCUUCUCGAAUGGGUCAACAGUAUAACUCUGUCCGACCGAACCAUUACCAUAAACGAUUUACAAGAUGGGACAAUCUUACAGAAACUCGUUUGUAUGCUAAAAAAGGAGCCCAUCUCCUGCCUGAAUGAUUCCAAUGAAGAUCGGUUCAUCUUUAUUGCAAGCUUCAUUGAAACGGAAUGCAGAUUCAAUGCAGCUAAAGGCACAUCCAUAUCUUGGAAUAACAUCAGAGAUGGCAUCAACCUUUCGAUAGAAAUUGCAAAGGUACUGUUGCUGCUCCUAUAUUAUGACAUGAUGAAUGACCGCUGCACUCUGAACACACUGGAAUUCAGUGUACAGAGAGAACUGGCACACCUCACUAGUUCCUUUCUAAUGGAGAGUGAGGGUUGCAUUUAUCUCAGCAAUGAACUGGAUGCCUACUUGGCAAAGACAUAUUUUCCAGACAGCCAGGAUAUAUUGGAGCAAGACAGAACCAGAUCUUCAAGUAUGUCGACUAGCUCCUCACUGUGGGAAGAUUCUCCCGCCUUCCACCGGACACAAAGAGUGACUUUUUUGGAAAUGGAAACCUUGGCUUCUUCCUCAAGCAGCAAGUCCCCGUUGGAGGAUAUAAUGAACACUCCAAAGUUUCAGAUCAGGAAGAUGAAACGACAGAUCAUCAUGGAGAGGGACUACAGAGAUGGUUUGGAGAGGGAGUUGGCCAACAAGCAAGCACUCAUUGCAGAGAGAGAGUCGCACAUAAACCAGUUGCAGUACCAACUCAAUAAGAUAAAAGAACAACAGGAUGAUCAAGAGCAAAUAAUCCGGCAACAGAUCGAUGAACUUGAGACCAAGAAUGAUGCGUUACAGACGCGUCUCAAUGACAUAUCGAAGGAAAACAAAGAUUUGAGGAGCACAUCCUCCCUCAUGGAGCACAAGGUGGACAAGCUCACAGAUGAAAAUGGAUCACUCUCUUCUCAGAUGAAGGUGGUGUGUUCACAGCUGGUCAUUUUUGAGGCAGAAGUUGGACGGCUCACAGAAGCCCAAGUAUCUGCACAGGAGGAGUGGUGUAAAAAAAUUAACCAUCUACAGCUGGAACUCACUCAAGCAACUGCUCAAAAGGAGCUCCUUGCUGAGCAAGUUCAAAUUCUUCAAGGAAAGAUUUCCUAUUUGGAGGAUCAAUUGAGCAAGGCCACUCAUGAGGGAGCAGGAGAGAACAUGGGCCCGAUAAUGGAGAGAGAAAGUCUGGAGUCGGAAAUCAGCCGUUUGAAGAAUGAGCUGGAGAGUUUAAGAUGCUCUGUCAAAAAAGCUGAGGUGGAGAUCCACGAUAAAAGUCAGCAGUUGUUGGAGUGCCAAAAGGAAAUCGCAGAACAUAAAGAACUUUUGAAUAAGGAGAAAUCACAAGCUGAGGAAAUAAUUAAAGCAAAGGAUGAAAUUUACAACAAACUGCAAAAGGAGCUAACAGAAGAGCAGGCUGUUCUUCAGCAAGAGAUCCAGCGCCUCGAGUUCGAACUGGAAAAAAGAUCUGCGCAAAUAGCUUGUCUUCAACAGCAUAUUUCCAAUUGUAAACAGGAAAUUGAAGAACUUAAGGAUGGUCAGAAAGAAAAGGAAGAUAUUUUAAAUCAAACUGAAGCAAAUGUAAAGGCCCUUGAGAUGAAGUUAGCUGUGGCUACUUCUGCAGUGGCAGAUAAAGACCAUCAGAUUGACUGUCUUAACUCAUCCUUGAAGACUGCUGAAGAGAAACUAAAAUCCAAGGAAAGCCUGCUUGCUGACCAGCAAUUACAAAACAAGCAGCAACUGGAGGAGCUCCAGCAGCAGAUGGUGAGCUCUCAGAAUGAAAUAAAGCAGCUAAAUGAGGAGAUCCAUGCAAAGGAAGAGCAACUGAAUCAGCUGAAGACCGAGACCUCCACUCACUCUGAACUGCUACAGCAGGAGCUUAAAGGGCUGAAUGAACAAAUGAUAAGCAUGAGCAGUUCCCUCGAGAUGGCUAAGGAGGAAGUUCAGGCCAAAGAGAAUCUGCUCGUCAAGCAGGAACAGGAAAGCACCUUGAGGAUGGAGGAACUUCAAAAGCACAGUGCACUUCUCGAGGAGGAGGUGACACGGCUGAAACAGGAGAUCCAAAACAAGCAAGGAGAGGUUGACAGACUACAGCGUCAGAGCUCCAAAACUUCAGAGGUCCUUCAGAAAGAGAUCCAGAUGCUCAAGGAUCAAGUACAACAGCUGAAUGAAUCACUGAAGACAACAACUGAGCAGAUCCAUGCCAAAGAUAACCUGCUGGCUGAGAAAGAAAUGGAAAUAACUCAGGAAAAUCACAAGUUUCAAAGCCUGAUUAAAUCCUCCGAAGAGGAGAUGAGAAGUCUGAAUGAACAAAUCAAGGAUAAAGAACAACAACUGGUCACUGUACAAAAGGAUAGCGCCGUACAUACAGAUAAGUUACAGCAUGAAAUCCAAGAUUUGAAAUCUCAGCUAAAUCAUUUGCAGAUCUCCUUCACAAAAGCUGAGGAGAACAAUCGGAUUCAGCUUGACAUACUUACCAAACAAGAACAGGAAUCUGCUUCUCAGAGGGAGAAUCUCGAACAACAACUGUCUGCUUCUGAGGAUAAAGUCAAGUGCAUGCAAGAGGAGCUCCAGACUAAAGAGGAACACAUAAACCUCUUGGAAAAUCAAAGUUCAAUCCAAGUAGAACAACUCUGUAAGCAAAUCCAGAAUUUUCAGCAAAAUGUUGACUGUCUUAACUCAUCCUUGAAGACUGCUGAAGAGAAACUAAAAUCCAAGGAAAGCCUGCUUGCUGACCAGCAGAUACAAAACAAGCAGCAACUGGAGGAGCUCCAGCAGCAGAUGGUGAGCUCUCAGAAUGAAAUAAAGCAGCUAAAUGAAGAGAUCCUUGCAAAGGAAGAGCAACUGAAUCGGCUGAAGACCGAGACCUCCACUCACUCUGAACUGCUACAGCAGGAGCUUAAAGGGCUGAAUGAACAAAUGAUAAGCAUGAGCAGUUCCCUCGAGAUGGCUAAGGAGGAAGUUCAGGCCAAAGAGAAUCUGCUCGUCAAGCAGGAACAGGAAAGCACCUUGAGGAUGGAGGAACUUCAAAAGCACAGUGCACUUCUCGAUGAGGAGGUGACACGGCUGAAACAGGAGAUCCAAAACAAGGAGGGUGAGGUUGAUAGACUACAGUUUCAGAGCUCCAAAACUUCAGAGGUCGUUCAGAAAGAGAUCCAGAUGCUCAAGGAUCAAGUACAGCAGCUGAAUGAAUCACUGAAGACAACAACUGAGCAGAUCCAUGCCAAAGAUAACCUGCUGGCUGAGAAAGAAAUGGAAAUAACUCAGGAAAAUCACAAGUUUCAAAGCCUGAUGAAAUCCUCCGAAGAGGAGAUGAGAAGUCUGAAUGAACAAAUCAAGGAUAAAGAACAACAACUGGUCACUGUACAAAAAGAUAGCGCCAUACAUACAGAUAAGUUACAGCAUGAAGUCCAAGAUUUGAAAUCUCAGCUGAAUCAAAUGCAGAUCUCCUUCACAAAAGCUGAGGAGACCAAUCGGAUUCAGCUUGACAUACUUACCAAACAAGAACAGGAAUCUGCUUCUCAGAGGGAGAAUCUCGAGCAACAACUGUCUGCUUCUGAGGAUAAAGUCAAGUGCAUGCAAGAGGAGCUCCAGACUAAAGAGGAGAAACUGAAAUCCAAGGAAAGCCUGCUUGCUGACCAGCAAUUACAAAACAAGCAGCAACUGGAGGAGCUCCAGCAGCAGAUGAUGAGCUCUCAGAAUGAAAUAAAGCAGCUAAAUGAAGAGAUCCAUGCAAAGGAAGAGCAACUGAAUCGGCUGAAGACCGAGACCUCCACUCACUCUGAACUGCUACAGCACGAGCUUGAAGGGCUGAAUGAACAAAUGAUAAGCAUGAGCAGUUCCCUCGAGAUGGCCAAGGAGGAGGUUCAGGCCAAAGAGAAUCUGCUCGUCAAGCAGGAACAGGAAAGCACCUUGAGGAUGGAGGAACUUCAAAAGCACAGUGCACUUCUCGAGGAGGAGGUGACACAGCUGAAACAGGAGAUCCAAAACAAGCAAGGUGAGGUUGAUAGACUACAGCUUCAGAGCUCCAAAACUUCAGAGGUCCUUCAGAAAGAGAUCCAGAUGCUCAAGGAUCAAGUACAGCAGCUGAAUGAAUCACUGAAGACAACAACUGAGCAGAUCCAUGCCAAAGAUAACCUGCUGGCUGAGAAAGAAAUGGAAAUAACUCAGGAAAAUCACAAGUUUCAAAGCCUGAUGAAAUCCUCCGAAGAGGAGAUGAGAAGUCUGAAUGAACAAAUCAAGGAUAAAGAACAACAGCUGGUCACUGUACAAAAAGAUAGCACCAUACAUACAGAUAAGUUACAGCAUGAAAUCCAAGAUUUGAAAUCUGAACUGCAUAAUUUGCAGAUCUCCUUCACAAAAGCUGAGGAGAACAAUCGAAUUCAGCUUGACAUACUUGCCAAACAAGAACAGGAAUCUGCUUCUCAGAGGGAGAAUCUCGAACAACAACUGUCUGCUUCUGAGGAUAAAGUGAAGUGCAUGCAAGAGGAGCUCCAGACUAAAGAGGAGAAACUGAAAUCCAAGGAAAGCCUGCUUGCUGACCAGCAGUUACAAAACGAGCAGCAACUGGAGGAGCUCCAGCAGCAGAUGUUGAGCUCUCAGAAUGAAAUAAAGCAGCUAAAUGAAGAGAUCCAUGCAAAGGAAGAGCAACUGAAUCGGCUGAAGACCGAGACCUCCACUCACUCUGAACUGCUACGGCAGGAGCUUGACAAACUGAAUGAACAAAUGAUAAGCAUGAGCAGUUCCCUCGAGAUGGCCAAGGAGGAAGUUCAGGCCAAAGAGAAUCUGCUUGUCAAGCAGGAACAGGAAAGCACCUUGAGGAUGGAGGAACUUCAAAAGCACAGUGCACUUCUCGAGGAGGAGGUGACACAGCUGAAACAGGAGAUCCAAAACAAGCAAGGAGAGGUUGAUAGACUACAGCUUCAGAGCUCCAAAACUUCAGAGGUCCUUCAGAAAGAGAUCCAGAUGCUCAAGGAUCAAAUACAACAGCUGAAUGAAUCACUGAAGACAACAACUGAGCAGAUCCAUGCUAAAGAUAUGGCAUGCAACCUCUUAAGAGAGCAAAUCACUGCCCAAGAGCACUUGUUGCAAAAAGCAAAAGAAGAUGCUGAAGCCAAUGAAAAAAUUCUUGUAAGUGUAAAAGAGGAGAGUUCCAAGCAGAUUAAUGUUCUUCAAAAUGAAACACAGAAUCUGAAAUGGAAAUUGGAAAAUACUUCUAAGAACCAAUUGGUUGAAGCACAACAGUCACAUCAAAUGAAGCAAGACUUUGAGCAGAAAAUGUGUCGACUCCAGGAGCAGCUUGCAACAGUUAAUGCUGAGCUGAAGCAACACAAAGAGACUCGAGCUGAAAACUUGCGACUGAAGGAGUCCAAGCGAGAUUUGAAGGCCACCGCACUACGGGAGAAAGAGGCUCUUGUUCAUGAAAAAGAAGAACUUGUGACUAGGAUUCUUCAGGCAGAAAAGAAUUGUGAUGUUCUGGAGAAACGGAUUGAAACCAUCCUCUUUGAUAAUGACAGACUUGCUAAAGCCAAUCAAGCAAUGGAGAGGGAGAUGAUAGCCUCUCAGAAGUCAACAUCUGUGCUACAGCAACAGCUGGAAAUACUUGAAAUGGAAAAAGACCAACUGCUGAAAGAAAAAGCUGAUGAGAUUCAGCACAAUAUUGGAGAACUGCAGGAACAGCUUGCAGCUAAAACGGAGGCUGCAAACCACUACAAGACACAAAUGGAGAAUGCUGUGAAUCAUUACAAUGGGAAAAAGCAACUUCUCCAGAAAAGUCAAGAGGAAGCAGAACAACUCCAAAAAUCUCUAGAUAUUAAGGAGAGUGAGGUGAAGACUUUGGCAGUGGAAAAGCAGCUGCUGACACUUGAACUCGAUGAGGCACAAACCAACAACAAGAAACUUUUGAAUAUGGUUGCCAGUUUGGAAGCACAGAUGGCCUUUGCUGACCGAGCCCUGCGGGCACAGAACAAGAUUCAUGCCACGGGUGACAGCGGGACCGAACUUCACAUAAAUGAUUUGGCCGUUUCCACUGCUUCUCUGGAGAAGAGGAGCACAAGUUCUGAAAGUGAGAACCAGAGCUCUCUGGGAUUCUUUCCAAACACAAGGAAACUAUCUGCACCAGAUGAGUCGAGCACACCACUUGUUCGCAGUUCAGAGCGCCUGGCAGCGAAACACAGGACUCAACGGGCCGAGUCUCUGGAAACUCUCUACUUUACACCCAUAAACACUAGAAAGAUGAACCGGACCAACGCAGACCAGGAUAAUACGCUGGAUUCAGUUCAGAGGAAUCCGACUUCAUCUGUGAAGCGACGCAGAACCACACAAGUUAUAAACAUCACUAUGACCAAGAAAACCCCAGGCGGCAGUGAUGAAGAUGAGACUUUCUACAGCCUGGCUCCAGCACACUCACAGCCAAACCUCUCCACUGCUCACCCGUUUGAACCCCCUGCCAGAAACCCCAACGCUGCUGGUGACCAGCUCAUUGGUUUCCCUGGGUACAGACGGAGUGCAGUCCAUGCACAGAGUGCGAGUACAUUCUGUGCUGUAGGAGAGAGUGAGGAUGAUGGUGGGCUUGAAGACUGGGUAAGGAUCGCUGAGCUCCAAGCAAGGAACAAGGCCUGCCUUCCACAUCUGAAGAGCAGCUAUCCUCUGGAGUGCGAGACUGGCCGAAACGGCAACUUCAUGUUCACGGAUGAAGAGCUGCGUACGGGUGACCCAUCUGAGACGAUCCGUCGAGCGACUAUGAUGCCCGGCCAGCUGCAGGACUCCCUCAUUUCCCAUCGCCAGUCCCUGAUGCUCGGACAGGCAGGCGUUUCAGCUGGGACCCGUUCCCAUCGCCUGUCUCUGGUGCCGGGACGGCUGCCAUCCACACUGCCCCUUCAUCAGACUUCACCCAAGGCGAGAGCCAGCUGUUUUCCCCGUCCACUCACGCCCAAAAACAAGCUUGUUAGCAGUGGACGGUCUGCCGCUCAUCCUGACGCUGCCCUCAGUCCAAAGCCUUCAACGAUGUUCGUCAUCGAAAACACGCCCCAGAAAAAGGGCUAUCUCACUAAACGGCUCGACAAACUCCGCAGCUCUGCCCGUAAAUCCCCAGGCCCGAGACCCAAGAAGUCGCCCGCAAAGACCAGCGCCCACAAAAACCAAGAAAACAAGCCUGCUGGAAAGCCCCGUGCUGGAGUGGGUCAAACCAGCAGAGGGGGCAGCUUUAGGUCACCGCAGGCGGGAGCCAAAGGCUUGAGGAAGUCUCCUCAAACUUCCAGCAGGUCUGCAAAGUCUCCCGGACUGACAGCCAGCGCUCGUAAGAUGAUGCGUCGGAUGAAGGUCUAAGGACGAUGUUCUGAAUUUAAUUUUAAGAAAGUUCACAAUCGCUUCUUUGUUUGUUUUAAUUGUUUAUAUGACCGGUUGUAAAAUAACGGGGUUUUUUUUAAUUCCAUUUUGAUACAAUCUUUUAUUUUGAUUCCUCUUCUGGAGA